AUGUUUGUCAUGGAUGCAGAUGGUGAUACGCCGGCUGACGUCGAGGACCAAGAGUCGGAGGCGGACGAAAGCGGGUGCGAGAGCACAUAUAAAACGGAAACUGCUGGUCAGAGCGACGAGGAGGAGGACGACAGCUGGAGCGGCGAGAACAGCAACCUUGAGGAAUUGGUGGUGUCUGCGGUUGGAACAGACUACUCUCUUGCUGCCUUCUUGAUUCCACUUCUCCACCGAGAUUUCAACCUGGCUCUGAAGAGCAAGGUUGAGAGCUGGCGAUGUGCUACGUCAGCCAGAGGAGGGCCGGACAACUCAGUUGGCCCAUCCGACACCCAACCCUCAUCGACGGAGAACUCGCCGAAGGAAGACAGAGGGUCGUCGUCCCGCAAGCGUCGACGAACCGACUCCGGUGCUGGGAAUGGGGGAAACGGCUGGGAUGAAGACGAAGAGGAGGAUGACCGGGGCAGGAGUGGGAAAGCAGGGCCUCCCACCGAGCCACCAGCGGAUCGAAGCCUGCUGCUCGCCUGCCCGUUCCACAAACACAGCCCCAUUCGAUACGGGGUCAGCGGUAUGUCUUCGCCAGCAAAGAAACCGAAGUACCGGGCCUGUGCCGGACCUGGAUUCAAGUCCAUCCAGCGGUUGAAGGAACACUUAAAGCGGGUGCAUUCGCCAGUUCAAUGCGAGCGAUGCAAGAUGACUUUCAACGUUACGAAAGACCGCGCUCAAGCGCUGACCGAUCUGGCUGAGCAUCGGAAGAGAGAGGAGCCAUGUGAGUUGCGUGAUGCCUCGUUGAAGGAGGGCAUCGACGAGGCGCAAUGGGCGAAGCUCGAGAAGCAAAACCGCAAGAGGAACCAAGAAGUCCACAGAGUGGAAAAGUGGUUCGAGAUGUGGGAUGUUUUGUUUCCUGGAAGCGCGCGUCCGGACAAUCCCUGGCACGAGGCUCCCGCUCGCUUCGGUGGCAUUCCCAAGGACGGCGAGGACUACUUCGUCACUCUGUUUCUCCACAUUUUCGACCACAAAGUUCAACAGGGCGACAUCACCCUGCCUCAGCCGAACGUCUUUGACCGAGGCGAGUUUCGGGAGAGCCUCAAGGGGGUUGUCGAAAGGACGUUCAGGACAUACGUGAGCAUUCGAGAGAACAUCUCCCUCGAGUCAUCAUCAUCAGGCGCGAGCAACAUCCGCCCUUCACAGCUGGGCGUUCCCUCGACAACGCAACAGUCUUCGCUGGGAACCACGGCGUCGCACCAGGCCACCACAGUGACAGCAGCGACAUCAAUGAGCAGCCCGCCGCAUCAACAGACCCGGCCUUCUGCUGCGCCUUCAAACGCCUAUACAUUAGACCCUUCCUCCUACAGCCUCGGCGUGCCGCCCUUGCCCGGACAGGCUAUGCCCCCGCCGAUGCCCCCGAUCAGCGGCGCAGCCGGCCUUCACCCAUUUGGAUCCCCAAUCGGCGCCGAGGACAUCCAUGCCACCGGCGCGUUUGCACCUCUUUAUUACUCCAUGUUCCCUGCCCAAGGACCUUGCCAGUGGAUUCCAAGCAAUGUCCAGACAGUCCCAGAGUCUGUUUACCGGUUCCACCAUCACACUCAUCUCGCCCCGAACGCCGGAGUGCCGGCAGCUCAACAGUGGGUCUUUGAUGAGGCUCCAGAUUACGAUCCCCCUUCAGGGGAGGGCAGCAAUCCAUCCUGUUGA